AUGCUAAAUAAACAAGUCGGCUUUUUUGAGUAUUACAACUGGAACGACGGUAUAACUAAUCACGAUUAUGCUAAGCAGCCCUUUAGUCAAAUCUUCUUCGGCAACCCCACCUCAAAGACAAAAGGAGCUAGUGGUGGCAAAGGCACCCUCAUUUACGAGGCCGGCAAAUGCGUCAAGCUCAACCUGAAGGCCACUCAGACUGGCAAGGGAUAUCAGAUUCAGGCUGGUUUCAAGUAA